AUUCCUUAUUACAUCCAAGUACUUCGUAGUAUUUGUACAAAUUCUGCUCAAGUGCCAUUUUCUGUAAAACACUUGUUUCAGUUGUUGCACAUUUUAUCGAAAUACACUAAAACAAAUCACAUUAAUUAUUUAUUUUUUUAUAUAUCGAUAUCGGGAAGGCAUUUUUAAAAAGAAUAAUGGCUCAAUCAGUACCAAUGGUGACACUUUCCAAUGGAAAUAAAAUUCCAAUGAUUGGAUUAGGUACAUGGAAAGCAGGUGUUGGUACAACUUGUCAAAUUGUUAAAGAGGCUAUAGAUUGUGGAUAUCGUCAUUUUGAUUGUGCUCUUGUCUACGAAAAUGAAGCUGAAGUCGGUCAAGCUAUUAAAGAAAAAAUUAAAGAAGGAGUUGUAAAAAGAGAAGAUAUUUUCAUUACAAGCAAGCUAUGGAAUACAUAUCAUAAGUUUGAAUCAGUUGAGCGUGGGAUCAGGAAAAGUUUGGCGAACUUUGGCCUUGAUUACUUGGAUCUUUAUUUAGUUCAUUGGCCAAUGGCAUUUGAGGAUGGCGAUGAAUUGUUUCCUGAGAACCCUGACGGCUCUCGUAAAGUUAGUGAUACUGAUUAUUUAGAGGCUUGGAGAGGAAUGGAGGGAGUUUAUGAGAAAGGUUUGGCAAAGAACAUUGGAAUAAGUAAUUUUAAUUCUGAACAAAUUACUCGGCUAAUAAAUAAUUGCAAAAUAAAACCUGUCGUCAAUCAAGUUGAAUGCCAUCCUUAUUUGACUCAGAAAAAAUUAUCUGAAUUUUGUAAAGAGAGAGGUAUCACCAUUACCGCUUACAGUCCUUUAGGAUCGCCAAACCGUCCAUGGGCUAAACCUGAUGAGCCAAAAUUGUUGGAAGAUAAAAAGUUGAUCGAAAUUGCUAAAAAAUAUAAUAAAUCACCAGCACAAAUUGUCAUUCGUUAUCAAAUUGAUCGUGGCCAUGUAGUGAUUCCAAAAACAGCAACAAAAUCACGUCUCAUUGAAAACUUCAAUGUAUUUGACUUUAAAUUGAGUCCAGAAGAUAUAACUUAUAUUGAUAGUUUUGAUGUGGGUGGAAGAUUUGUUGCAUUACUUGACCGUGCUGGAAGCCCAAACUACCCAUUUAAUAUUCCAUACUGAGAUGAUUAAUCAUGAUUGACAUUGAGAUUUAUUGUUAUUGUGGUAGUAGAAAUAAAGUAGAGAGCGAAUUUUUUUUAUUGAUGUAUAAAGAAUAUAAGAAAUGAACUUUAUGAAGAAAUGUAAGUAUGUUCCAACAUCAGCAUGAUUUGAUACUAUUGUACAUUUCACGAAACAAAAUUUUAUAUUCCAUGAUAAUUUUUUAACAAUAAAACACAAUAAAUAUCAAAAAA